UCGGCGACCUUCACGCCCAAUAACAAAACAAUCAAUACAUCAAAUGUUUUUUAAAAAUGGAUAUCGAAAUCAAAGAAGAACCAGACAGUGAAAUUAUAAAUGAAGUCAAAAAUAUAAAGCAAGAAAUAAAUGAAGACUAUGAUAUUGACACCCCUGACGUAGUCGACCCGGCAAGCUUAAGUUCGGACGAAACACAAGUUACCUGUGAAAAAUGUAACAGUGUCUUUUCGAGCGCUGAAGAUCUGGAAGUCCACGAUAUAAUUCAUACAAACGAUACUUUUUGUUCUUUAUGUAAAAAAUGGUUUUCCAGAAGAAGCGAGUUAGUUAUUCAUGUGAGAACUCACUUGUUAAACAAAUCCCACAAAUGUGAGCAAUGUUUGAGAUCAUUUGUCACCAAAAAGGAGCUAAAACUACAUACCAGAGUUCACACAAACGAACGACCUUUUCAGUGUUCUGAGUGUGAUAAAGCAUUUAAGCAAAGAGGGGCUUUAAUUGAUCACAAACUUGUCCACACGAAGCAAAAAUCACAUUCUUGUCCGUUGGAAAAAUGUGACACGCUCUUCACAACAAAAUCAAGUGUCAGGAGGCACCUGAAAAGAAUUCACAAGCUUGGAGCCGCCGAAGUCGCUUCAAAAAUCAACAAUCAAACAGAAACAAUCACAUGUGCAAUAUGUCAACAACAUUUUUCGCGCAAAUGCGAUUUAUAUGCUCACACGAGGCAAGAGCAUCAGGGCACUGAAGAAUUCAACUGCCAAGUUUGCCAGAAAUCAUUUAACUCCUACUUUGUUUUAACUGUACAUAUGGAGGAUAAACAUAAACCGAAAACGUGCAAUAUAUGCGAACAAUCGUUUGCUGGGGCUCCGGAGCUUUCGGAGCACUUAAAAGAACACCAUAAAUGUGGGCAGUGUGGUCAAGGGUUCAUAUCCAAGGUGCAUUUAACCGGACACAUCAAGUUGGCACAUGAUUCCAGUAUCCAUCGAUGCCAAAUUUGUUUCAGAAAGUUUACAAAUUUAGAGGAAGUGGCGGCGCAUGUGUUAACACAUAAAGCUGUAACACCACUAAAAAAAGUUCCUUGUACUCUUUGUAACAAAAGGUUUAGGACUAGGGAUGGGUUAACGAGGCAUCUAAAAAUGUUUCAUUACGAUUUAGCUUUUGUCUGCAAUAUUUGUGGGCGGUGUCAUGAGAGUCCCGAGACAUUAAAGCAACACAUGAAAAAACAUGAUAAAUACAAAGCUAUUUUACGUUUUACUUGUAGCGUUUGUUUGCAGGGCUUUAGAUUUAAACCUAACUUAUUAAACCAUUACAAGGAAGUUCACCCUCAGGUAAACUUCAAAUGCCAAUACUGCGGUAAAGAUUGUACAAACGGCUUUGAUAUGUUCAAACAUCAAACCAGAAAUUGUCCUCUAAAAACGGACAAUCUAUGUAAUUUUUGCAAUAAAAAUUUUAAUAGUAGUACUGCGUUAAAAACCCAUUAUAGGAUUGAACAUGCGCGGCAAUUUACUGCCGAAUUUCCAAAAACUAAUAAUGCAACAGUAAACAGUAUUAGUAGUGCUAGUAGUUCGCUACUUAAGCAUGCUUUAGAAAUAACUGCCAUAAAAAAUGAAGUUCCAGAUAGUGAAUGUUUUAUCAUAGAAUAAAGUAUUAUAAUUAUGAAUAGUUUUUUAUUUAACAGGAUUAAAAUUUAUCUUUAGUAAAUUACCA